ACGUCACGCGGGGCGGUGCCUGCCAGGAGCUGCAAUGGCCGCCCUCAGCCUGGUGACAUGAAGCCCAGUGCAGAGAGCAGAGGCAGGAGCCGGGGGCAGAGCCGGGUAAAUGGGGAGAGUGGGGGGCAAUGACUGUGGGCUGGGGAUACAGAACUGGAAUACAGGGAGGCAGCAUGGACUGCCACUCACAUCAUGCUCAGCCACUGCCACUGGGAGUGCUCAAUAACCCUGGGAGCUAGCAUGAUAUUUACAUUAAGUACUGCUUUAUAAUGGCUGGCGCUUUGGGUUUUUUUAAAUCUUAUUUUUAUACAUUAUUUAUCUCUAAUUUUAAUGAAAGCACCUUAUAAAUGUAGAAACCUUUUAGAAAUGUAACAUUAAUUAGGGAAAUAUAAACCGGGUACUAACAGAGCAAACCGUGUGUCCUUAUUAGAUUCGUGCCUUCGUUAAGAGAUAACAUAUUAAAAACAAAUGGUACCAAUCUCUAAUUAUACGAUAAAAUCAUACAAAUUUAUUUCCAUUUAUUCUUUUUUUUUUUUCUCUUUCACAGGUGAUUCCAUGAUUCCAGCCAUUUUUUCUGAUUUCUUUAAGGUCCCAUAGUUGGAAAAUAUAAAGUUCCUGAAGAGGUUUGCCUGCAGCUUAGAGAGAUGCGAUAUGCUGCCUUUUCAUAAUGUCUUGGUGUAGCAAAGACAAAGAAACAACAUUUCUACCCCAGAGCCCAAAUUAUAUAGUUCUAAAAAAAGAAGAAUUAUUAGUGUAAGCGUAGAAUGGGCAAUGUACUGGCGCUGUCUUCCUCGAAGGGGGCAUGGAGUACACGGAAAAAAGAAGUUACUCUCCCCAACCCUGGAAGCUUUGAUGAGCUCCAUAAAAAUUGCAAAGGUGGGUAAUUCGCUUUGGAAAAUCAAUUGUAGUUAAAGUGUUACUCUAAGCACAAUGACCACGUCAUUAUUUUGAAGUGGUGAUGGUGCUUGAAGUCUGUAUGUGUAUCAUUUUAGUGUGAAGCACUGGACAUACUAAACAUUUGGUCUACCUGCCUGAAGGUGUACCUUUUGUGAGUGUCAUAGUUGCGUCAUUAUUAAAGGGACACUAUAGUCACCAGAACAACUACAGCUUAUUGAAUUUGUUCUGGUAAGUAGAAUCAUUACCUUCAGGCUUUUUGCCGUAAACACUGUCUUUUUAGAGAAAAUGCCGUGUUUACAUUACUAACUUCACUGGCCACUUCUCAGAUGGCUGUUAGUGGUCAUUCCUGGGUAAUGGCUGCCUAAAAUGCAUCCAAACAUUCAGUAUCUCCACCCUCUGCAUGCAGACACUGAACUUUCCUCAUAGAGAUUCAUUGAUUCAAUUCAUCUCUAUGAGGAGAUGCUGAUUGGCCCGGGCUGUGUUUGAAUCAUGCUGGCUGUGCCCCUGAUCUGCUUCUUUGUCAGUCUCAGCCAAUCCUAUGGGGAAGCACUGUGAUUGGAUCAGGCUACCACUUCUGAUGAUGUGAGCAGACUGCUUGUUUUUCUGAGGCAAACAGCAUGCAGAGUUACAGCUUCAGGCUUGAAUACAGUAAGAUUUUGCUAUAUUUAUGGAGGCAUGAGGGGCCCAGGGGGGCUAGAUGGUGGUUUUACCACUAUAGGGUCAGGAAUACAUGUUUGUGUUCCUGACCCUAUAGUGAUCCUUUAAACCUAGAACAAGUGUUAUUGGGUGGCUACCCUCAAUUCUGUGUAGAGGGACAUUUAUUGAGUGAGCAAACUCAGCUGCCUCUCUCAACCAAUGGAUGAUCGGCAUCUGGCUUUUGCGACACUGCAGUAGUAGUUAUGAUGGUUUGACUAGCUCUUUGGUCGUAAAGUUACUUGGUUUGUAGACCUGUCUGUCUGUUGCAUUUUGGAAAGAUCAGGUAUUUACAAUACGGUCUUGAAGUGGUUCUGUCAACCCUGUUCCACAAAGAAGACAUUGGUGUUUAAAAGUAAGAUCCUCCCUUCAUUUCCUUCCCUCCCCUCACCGGCCUAGAGCUCGCACAUGCACUCUGAGCCUGUGAAAUGGUCCAAUGAUAGGCUUCUGUAUGAGAAGCCUGUGAUUGGACCAUGCGAGGCCACAAUGAUGUCAGAAGGGGGCACAGCAGAGCAGCAUUGGCAGCUUUUUACAAGAAAUUAUGGUAAGAGCACACUAUAAAUAAAAUGGCCGCAAAUGGCACAUACAAUUGAUGACUCUAAAAACAAAAAGGAACAUACACAUAGGGUAAUAUAGUAAAAACUGAAUAACUAGUAAAAUCUAUAUUGGAUCCACUCACAUGGUUCUGAGCCAUUCCACAAGUUGGCUCAGACUAAAAGCUGACUAGCAUAAGGAAUAGUGGCCACUAAGGAUCUGGAUACUUGGGUUCAUAGCUUUGCCUUUUCUGGUGCAGCACCCAAAGAGACUCCAAGAUACCGGAUGUAGGUGUAUAAAAGUACCACAGGCUUUAUUGAACAAACUGACAGAAUACCUUACAAAUAAAUUAAUAGUCCAACUCCAUUUAACGCAUUUCGCUGGUUUGCCUUUCUCAAAGUGGUUCCAUCCGGUAUACUACAUCCGGGAUCUUGGAGUGUCUUUGGGUGCUGCACCAGAAAAGGCAGAGGUGUGAACCCGAGUAUCCAGAUCCUUACUAAUGCCCCCUUUCCACUGAGCAGUACGGGUCGGUACGGUAUGGUACGCUAUUUUGAGUGUUUCCAUUAUGAAAGUGACCCAUAUAACCGAACCAAACCACACCAUUCCUGUUCCCCCUUCAGAUGUAGGUCCAUAGGAAAUGGUACGGUUAGGGUGGAGCUACUGGCGUCACACUAUACAAUCCAUUGAUUGGCAGACAGGAAAACGUCAAUGCUCACGACAAAUGACACGCUAGGCGUUUGGUCUAAACCCCGCAUGCCCCCUGGCGGUCCGACUUGCAGUGGAAACGCUCACCUGAAUAGGCUGGACCAUUCUAACCCUUCCAAACUGUACCAACCCAAACCAUACUGCUCAGUGGAAACAAGGCAUUAGUGGCCACUAUUCCUUAUGCUAUUCAGCUUUUAGUCUGAGCCAGCUUGUGGAGUGUCUCAGAACCCUGUGAGUGGAUCCAAUAUAGAUUUUACUAGUAAUUCAUUUUGUACUAUAUUACCCUAUGUAUAUGUUCUUUUUGGUUUUUAGAUUCAUUAACUGUAUGUGCCAUUUGUGUUAAUUUUAUUUAUAGUGUGCUCUCACCAUAAUUUAUUGUAUAUUUCACUGUUUCUGUGUGGAGUGAUACACAUGGUGAUAUUAGAACCUUUUAUUCUAUUUUUUAUACAAGCUUUACUAUUUAUUACUUUUACUAUUGGCAGCUUUGCCCGGCGCUGGAUUUCCAGUAAGUAAACCCUUUUUUUUAAAUAAAAAAUGUCUGACAGGUUUUUCUACAGAUUGAGUUGAGGGCCUUCUCCACACUGCCCAAUAUGGCAUAUUACAACGGAACGGUCCCCCCUCUGAAGAGCGUUAUAGUGACUCUUUAAUACAAUGUAUUUUAAAUGGAAUCAGUCCGCUCCAGCCUUUGGUGCCCCUUUUACGCUGUCAAUCAUUAGGGUGUAUAAACAAAGAUAGCCACUCAUUUCUGUGAUGUUGUUCUGAGGUUAUUUCAGUGCGUUUUUGAGUGUAAAAAAGUUAAAUUUCUUCUCUAAUUUUUUAAUUUCAGAAGUGUUUCCACAGCAGUUGGAAGGAGUGAAAAUCAUUAUCAACAGGCCCCUUAGCAGCCAUUUACAGGUAAACCAGGGAUUUUCACAACAUUCAGCCAUUUUCUAUAGCAUCAAUGAUGUGGUUAUCUAAUAAUUAGGCAUUUAUAAUAAGCAUAGACUUUUAUAUUUAGUAAAUCAACAUGAAAGCACAGGGAUGCUGGUGUUACAUUGCAUAUGAUACGGAGUACCAGGUUCACUGCUGCAAAACGAGAUACCUGCCACAGCCCUGUAUUUGCACUUGGAGGAAACCAUUAAAGGGAUACUGUCAGCACUAAAACUAUUUUAUCAUAAUGAGGCAGUUUUGGUGUAUAGAUCAUGCCCCUGCAGCUUCAUAGCUCGAUUCUCUGACAUUUAGGAAUUAAAUCACGUUUGUUUCUGUUUAUGCAGCCCUAGCCACACCUCCCCUGGCUGUGACUCUCACAGCUUACAUGAAAAAAUGGUUUACUUUUCAAUCAGUAUUUUUACUUUAGAAGUUUCUUGUUUCUCUCUCUUUGUAAAUUGAACUUUAAUCAAAAAUUGGAGGCUCCUUCAGGAUCUAUUAACAGAGCAGGAGCUAAGAAUCUCUAAGUGAAACCUAAUGUGCAAUAAAGGAAGUUUAAACAUUAGAUCUCUCUCUACAGGAAGUGUCUAGGGAGGCUGCCAGGGGAGGUGUGGCUAGGGCUGCAUAAACAAAAGUGAUUUAACUCCUAAAAUGAUAAAGAAUUGAGCAGUGAGACUGCAGGGGCAUGAUCUAUACACCAAAACUGCUUCAUUAAGCUAAAGUUGUUUUUGUGCAUAUAGUAUCCCUUUACGUUGAGUAACAUUGAGGGUGGCAAUUAUGCUAAUAUCAUGUGCUGAUUUAUUUUUUUUUUCUUUCAAAAAUAUUUUUUAUUAGUGAAAUCAAAUAUAGCAGCAAUAUAGAUUCCAAUUUUUUUUUUUUUUUUUUUUUAAAGAGCCUAGCAGGCCUACCAUAAAGUCUGUAAUGAAAAGGCAAUAAACAAAUAUGUGCUACCUGGUCCCCUGAAGCGUUGCCUGACUUGCGAAACGUACGUUGGGGCUCCAUCUUACACCCAGGCUAGACUGCAGACCACCUGCUGAUGCAUCUCGGAUGACCAGUGUAUUAUAUACAUACUGACGCUCACAGACCUCCACGAGCGAUAUCUACCGGCAGCGGUCAUACCUGGGUGUUCAGACCUUAGACCUUUUGGUGUUCUGCUAUAUAUUGACAUACAGUGGUAGCUAGAUUCUUUUUCUGACAGGUGCCCUUAAGGGGUUAAACAAUUGGGUUCAUGCCCUGCUCUACCAGCCCUACUUUACAUACAUAGCAUUCUCACACUUUUUCCUUUAUUAUCAAAUAUGUGCUACACUUUGAUUAAAAAAAAAGCCAGGCGUUAUUUUUUUAAAUCUAAUUGUAAUCUGCUUAAUUUUACUGUGGGAUUCACUUUUUCCAAAGAAAUGUCUUUUAAUUAUACAGCGUUGCCCACUAAAUUGUAUUACAGUAAAUUUAUUAUUCACAAGUUGUGUGAAUGCCAAGUUCAUGUAGACAAACCUUAAAUUAAAUGCAUAGAUUGUGCUGUUGAAACCACAAGCCAGUCUCAUAAAUUAGCAGGUAUGUUUACCUGAGAUCACUUUUUUUGUAUCUACAAGAUGGUAUGAAUGCUGGGAGAUAUUGGAUGCUGUCAUAUAGGGGAAGGCUUGCAACCUCUAUCCUAAAAACAAAGGCAUAUGUGACUAGGGAAGGUCCCUCUCAAUGAAACUGCCAGGUAAACCAAAAAAAAAAAUAUUUAUUGCCAUAUAAUCAGAAAAUAAAGAUGAAAAAACCUAGCAAAAAACAAGUUAAAAAAGAUAGUAGGCUUAAAGGGACACGAUAAGUGCCAGGAAUACAAAGCUGUUUUCUCUGCACUAUAGCUCCCUUUGCCCAACCAACGUGGAGACAGCCACUGGAGCUGGAGGCAGACUUAGUGCUGCAAUGUAAACAUAAACAGAGCUUAAAAAAGUAAAAACAAAUGACCUUUUUACCACCUGAAGCUCGCAGACCUCUGUGUGGAUGGUCCUACUUACCCAGUGUAUGCAACACAGGUUUGACAGGUAGAGGCUGCUUGCAAAGUGUGCUGCCAUAUUUCUCAGCUGAUCUGUGCAUGCUGAAAAACAAACUAAAAUUCCCCAGCAAUAACUGUUAUGUGUCGUGGUUUUAUCUCACCCCAUGGCCACUUGCAAACAUAUCCAGAGACACCUUACAAACUAAAACAGCAUGGUUGGCUCUAGAUACUGCAAUCCACUGGGAAAUACCCCAGUGUGCCAGCACAGACCUGGGGACCACUGAGCCUUCUGGUCACCAGCUGAAGCACAAAUCCAUACAGUACUGAGCUAGCAAAGACCCAGCACAGGUCCUAUCUGCUACCUCUUUCCUACAGUACUCUGACAACAGACAUCUCAUUGCACCUGGUUUUAAUCAGCAGAAUAAUGAUGCAUUGAGGCUGUGGCCCAGGGGUGAAUAUUCCUCUGCCAAUCCUUUAUUGCUGCCAUGUCACUUGGGCACAGUCCACUCACUGUAACAGGUACCCUUGUCCUCCGUGUUUCUAGUAAACUGUAAUGGAGAUCAAGGUUUUAGUUAUCUCUUUAUGGUUAGAUGUCUGGUAGCCGGUGUCAGUUGAUGUUUGGGGAGUUGAAUAUUGUGUCCUUUCUCUCUCCAGGUCAGCCAUACUGUUCACAUGAGCACAGCCAGCCAAUCCUGUUACCAUUUCAACGCAAAGUAUCUUGGAGACGAGCAAUUGAAUCCUAAGGAGGUAGUAACUGUUCUUUUGUAACUGUUUUAUGUAUUUGCAAACUGUUACACGCACGCAUUGCAUUAAUAUUUAAUCCAUACUCAAAUGACCUUGCAGCUAACUGAUACUAUUUCACUAUUUUAGUUAAUUGCUGCAAGGUCUGUAGAGUGCGUUGGUAAAAAUAUACAGAUUUUUAGUUCCUGGAAUUUGCUUGUUGUGGCUGAAGCCAUACCUGUUCUUCUCAUGCCACCUGGGUUGGUAUUGGUAUCACUAUCACGCUGGUGUACCUCAAUAACUUUUUUUUUCCCUUAAAAAAUAUUUGUGUUGUUUCUGUGGUCACCUCCCGGAGACUGGUUGCAAACCUGCUUUAAUGUGUGAGCACCUUACCUUUCAGAACUUCCCAACGAUCGUUGGCGAUUUGGACAGUUCUGGGAGCCUGAAUGCCCAGGUCCUGUGUCUCCUGGCAGAACGGAUCCGAUCCAAAGCAGUAUUCCAGGUAAGCAUCUAGAGCUCCCUUUGUAUAGAUCAGGUUAACAAACGGCAGCCAAAUCAAAUUGUGAAAUACCUCCUGCUGGAAAGUACAAUGCCGUUAGUACCUUAUAUUCAUAGCAAUGGCCUCCAGUCCACAAACAAAAAUCAGAACUAAAUGCUUGUGUGAACGUAUUAAUAAAAACAGAGAAUUUGAGAAUGGACAAAAGCUUAGAGGUACUCUGUAGCUUUCUCUUCAGUAAAUCCCCGCUCAGGUCUCAAAAUAGUUUUGCUCCCUUGUGCCAUUACCGAGCGAACCUAUUCCAUGGCACUUGCCGCGCAUGAGCAUUCGGCUCCGCUGACGUCGGCGGGGGAGCCCGGCACUGGAAUAAGGUAAGCUGCUGAAGGGGUUUUAACCCCAUCAGCGCCACGGGAGGUGGACCCUCAGGGCACUAUAGUGUCAGGAAAACCGCUUUGUUUUCCUGACACUAUAGUGAUCCUUUAAUAAACAUCUGAAAUCCUUUACUGAAAAAUAUAAUAUUAUAAAAUAUAUAUAUCUAUAUAUCUCCGCAUCACUUACAUGAGCGAGAAAUGGUCUGUCAAGUUUUGGAGUAUUUGAGUGGAUGACCUUGCCACCACUAGAGUUCAGUAUCUCUUCAAAAUCUGGGUCAAUAUGAGUACGAUUGGGAAAAUGAAUGUCUGCUAUGUGAUAUCACAAACCGUCCUCAGAAGCCAAAUAUAAAUGUUGUUACACUGCGCUGGGGAGCAGUUCCAGCACUGACAAUCAGGGCCGGAUUAACAUAGGGGCUGAUGGAGCUGCAGCUCCAGGCCCAGGCCCAGGCCCAUGGAAUAGGCCCAUUGAUUUAAAAAAAAAUUUUUUAUUUUUUUACAUUUUUUUUUUUUCACACACUACUCUUAGGGAUUCCACCUGGCUUUUAUUUUAUUGGCACAGACAGUAUUUGAGGCUGCCUGGCUGGUGCCAAUAUUGCAGUGAUACUGGCAAUACAAAUGCUGGUAUUUUCCUCAGUAUAAACAAGAGAUUACUCUGCAAUACCAGCACUGGCCAGUAGGGGUCACUGUGUGUGGAGACAGGCAGGGAUAGGAAGUUCCAGCAUAUCCCUCCCUGCCUAUCUAUACUCACUGAUCUGCAGGGGUGCAGCUACAGAGAGUCCAGACAGCAACUCCCACCCUGCAGAGACAGCCUACAGCUCAGGGAAGUAAGGGAUGGGGGGAAAGGCUGCAAGGAGACAUACACUGAGACACUAAGGGACACUGGGAGAUAAUGUGACACAGACACAUGGGGACACAGUGUCCCCAUGUCUCCCAGCCAGUGUCCCUGGUGUUUCAGUGCCCCCAUAGUCUCCCAGUGACCCCUACUCUCCCAGUGCCCCCAGUCAGCCAGUGUCUCACUGUCCCCAUGUCUCCUAGUGCCUCCAUGUCUCUCAUUGCCUCAAGUGUCACAAUGUCCCCAUGUCUCCAAGCUAGUGUUAACUUUGAAUAGAUGAAAAAGUAGAGAAAUAUGAAUUGACACCCCGGUGUCUCUGUGUCCCCAUGUCUCAAUGUCCCCAUGUCUCCCAGCCAGUGUCUCUAGUGUCUGUGUCCCCUGGGGCACUGAGACACUGAUACAUAGGAACACUGAGACCUGGAGUAAUCGACACAUGGGGCCACUGAGUCAUGAGGGCACUGGGAGACAUGGGGGCACUGGGAGGAAUCCAUCUAUACAGCAGAAUCAAACUAAGUAGUUUUUGGUGAUUUUACAGCAUUUUCUCUUAUGUCACUCCUUGUGAUUUACAUCAUGUGAUGUCAUCCAUACAUGUUUUAUUAUGCAAAUUAGCAAUGCCGGUAUGUAUGGAAACUUAAGUGGGAUGUAUGGGAACAAAACUUAUGUGGACUGGCUGACAAUGAAUAUAGUUAAAGCGACACUAUAGUCACCAGAACAACUACAGCUUAUUGAAUUUGUUCUGGUGAGUAGAAUCAUUACUGUCAGGCUUUUUGCUGUAAGCACGGUCUUUUCAGAGAAAAUGCAGUCUUUACAUCACAUCCUAGUGAUAACUUCACUGGCCACUCCUUAGAUGGCUGUUAGAGAUCCUUCCUGGGUCAUGGCUGCCUAAAAUGCAUCCAAACAUUCAGUGUCUCCUCCGUCUACAUGCAGACACUGAACUUUCCUCAUAGAGAUUAAUUAAAUUAAUCUAUAUAAGGAGAUGAUGAUUGGCCAGGGCUGUGUUUGAAUCAUGCUGGCUCUGACCCUGAUCUGCCUCUUUGUCAGUCUCAGCCAAUCCUAUGGGGAAGCACUGUGAUUGGAUCAGGCCACCACUUCUAAUGAUGUCAGCAGACUGCUUGUUUUUAUGAGUCUAACAGCAUGCAGAGUUACAGCUUCAGGCUUGAAUAUAGUAAGAUUUUGCUAUAUUUAUGGAGGCAUGAGAGGUCCAGGGGGGCUAGAUGGUGGUUAACACUAUAGGGUCAUGAAUUCAUGUUUGUGUUCCUGACCCUAUAGUGAUCCUUUAAGGUAAUGCUGACUUUGGUCUCUCUAACACUGUGGCAUGUUCCCUUUCUUCUACACUCACUACAUACAGCUUUUCUCUGUCCCAAAACAUGUACCAGGAGCUUCUGCCUGCUAGUAAGAAGGUAAGGAGACAAGUGGACUAGCAAGUGCUAGGGGACAGUCCUUAGAAAGCGUUGAGUGAGCGCAUCAUUAGAUGCAUUUAUGCCAAGCUCAGGGUGCUGUCUGCAUAGUAUGCCCUUAGUUGGCCAGCUGCAUGAUUGGCAGGCAGCCUGACAUGCAUUCAUGCCAGGCUGGCCUUCUAAUUCUUUGAGCAGACAUGUCCUCUUUUUGGGCAUGUUCGCCCCUUUUGGCAGGUUACGUGAUUUGUGUCAGUGGCACACCCUUUUACCAUGCCCAUUGACUUCCUGCUUGACUGGACACUGCUGUUAGGGGUUAUGGAUUUACUUAAAAGAUGAAAACAUAAAUUAGAGAGAGAUUACCCUAGGGUAUGUGUAUUCUUAUAGCUGCUGUUUUUUUCUUUCUCUCCAGCACCAUCUCCAUCAGGUAUAUGAUGCUUGGGAGUGUUUUACUGUUUUUGGUCGAUAUGAUUUUGUAAUUAGGCCCGUCAUAAUUGUCAGCACCAGGCCCACUGGGCUCUUAAUCUGGCCCUGCUGACAAUGCUGGUUUAAGAUAAAACGAGAAAUGCAGGGUCCACAUGAAAAUGUUUCCUCCAGUUUUCUGGCCACUGCACAUGCAGUUCAUAACAACUUUUGCAUACAUUUCAACAAUAGUUGUAUCUGCCCCAUUUAUUCUCUUGUUAUUUUAAGACCAAGUACGGUAUCUUCAUGUGAAUUUAGACUGGUGGUUUGUGAGUUCAGAUAUAAAUAUAUAUAUAUAUAUUUUUUUUUCUCUGUAGACCUAUCACUCUAAAUUCCUCACCUGGCAGUUCGAUGGUGAAUACAGAGGGGAUGAUUGCACUGUUUCUAUGACUUUGGGAAAUCCAGACAUCCUCAAUGAAUCCGGUAAACGUUCACAUUGAUUCUCAGCUCUUCAAAUACAUAGCAUGAUCUCUCCAAAUCUGUACCCCAAAUACACGUGUCAUUAGAUGUUUGGAGCUGAUACUGAACAGCCGCUCCUCCCCCAAUAUGAUUAUUCAGGCCAUGAUUGAGUAUUUGGUAUGAAGCCUACAGUCUAUACUGUGUCUGCCAUCAGCAAAUUUUAGAACUUUAGAAAUGAAUUGUUAAGAACACUUUGUUGGUUUUUACAAACUUUUAUGAUUCACUAACAGCUGGUUAAAAACCUGGGAUUUGGCUUAAGAACCAUUUGCAGUUUAAUUUUAUUAAUUUGUUUGUUUUCAUCAGAAAUGCUCAAAGUUUGAAAAGGAUAAGCUUUGUAUCUCGCCAUCUGAGCCGUUAUUGGCUUUUUGAAGAAGCUGUGUAUAUAAUUAAGCUACACAUUAUCUUUCUUAUCCUGCUGAUAGCAUGAGUCCUGUCUGAAUUCUGCAGUAAUCACAGAUUAUUCCUAGGGAGUACACCAGAACCCUGCAGACUAACCCCUGACAUUCAGUUUCUCCUCACUUCCCUCUGGGACCAGAAAAAAAUGCAGUUACAUUUAAAUAUGGCUGCUCUCUCCUUGCUCGUGAACAGGGCUUAGCGAUUUUAGCUGGAUCAAUGAGUUAUAAUUGCGUACAUCGACCAAAAUAUAAAUGGUAAUCCUAUCAUUGCUUUCCUGAACAUUGCUUUUGCAUAGGAAGGGUUAACCGCAACACAGUAGCUAACGCAUAAUUUUGUUUAAAAUUUUAAAUAAUGUGAGUAUUAGGCUUUAUGUGAAAUCUUCAUUUUUGUCUCUUUGUUUCUUUCAGUGAUUCUGGUCUCACACUUCCUGCAAAGCAUCACACCCCGGCUAGUCCUCGGGGGAGAGCUGGUAUAUCAUAAGAGACUAGGAGAGGAAGGAGCCAUUGUUACUCUGGCUGGGAAGUAUUCCGGUAUGAGUUCCUUCAUCACAUAACUCAGGGCUGAUAGGUCACUAAACGCCAUAUUACAAAAUUAAGACUAACGUGGCUGAUUUGGAAAAAUUCUCCAACUUAUCACAAGUUGGCUAUUUUAGCCUCAUUUUUGCCUUUCAGAUUUCAAUUGACUACAAUUCAGAGUGCAGUGGAUAACCCUGUAUGUCUUUAAAGGGACACUAUAGUCACCAGAACAACUAAAGGUUAUUGAAUUUGUUCUGGUGAGCAUAAUCAUUCCCUUUGGGCUUUUUGCGGUAAGCACUGUGUUUACAUUACAGCUUAGGGAUACCUCCACUACUUGAGGUGCUUCCUGGGGAAGUGCUGUACAGUGUGACUGACAUUCAGUGUCUCCAACCUCUGCAUGCAGACACUGAACUUUCCUAUAUGAAGAGAUGCUGAUUGGCCAGGGCUGUUUUUGGCUCGUGCUGGGUCUGCCCCUGAUCUGCCUCCUUGACAGUCUCAAGGAGAAAUCAUUGUGAUUGGCCGUGAUCAACACUUCUUAUGAUGCCAAGCAGGCAGAUCAGGGGCAGAGCCAGCAGCAGCAGACCGGGAUAAAAGUAAGAUUUUACUAUAUUUAGGGCAUAAGGGGCUAACGUGUUCCUGACCCUGCAGUGUUCCUUUAAAAAGUCACGCCAAACGUCAUAACAACUACAGCCUGCGACCUGGUUAGUGCAGAAUCUGGCAUUAGUUGGUUAAUGAUGCCCUACUGAUGCUUUCAGGGAUGGAGUUACACCUCUGCCAGCAAAGGGCUUGAAAUCUAUAUGUGCAUAAUGUUCCAUGUUUGGAAGUUGGAUUCGGAGACAAAAAGAAUCUGAUCUGCCCCCAGUUGGAACCUAGAAAUAGGGAUGCAUAACCAAAUUCUCCCUGACGAACCAAGGGGUAACCCUCAUUCAGUCUUAAGAGAACAAACAGAAGAGAGAAUCCGUCAAACUUUUUAAUAUUUGUAUCUUCACUUUAUUUGUGUUUAGUGUUUGUGUAUUAAUCAAAGGGAGCUGUAACCAGUGCUGUAGUGUAUUUUAAUGAAUAAACCAUAUUAAAGAAAUAUGUUUUUACUAUACCAAUCCCCCCUCUCUUUGAAUCCUUCAGCAGUUUGAUUCUCUCUUUAUUUGAACUCUUACGAUUAAACUUGGUAUGUGCCGUGUUUCAAACUGAAACAAUGCACAUACAGACUCCAAACACCAUCAACACUUGAAACAAGUGACGUGAUCAUGGUGCUUGGAGCAACCCUUUAAUAUGUAUGCUUUAUUCAACUGUCAACUCUUCUAUUCAUUCAGAUCUCUUGUUUAAUCCCUGCAGCACCAAACUGGGAGGCAACAUUAAAUAUUGGAUAUGGUGGAGCUCACGCCAGUUACUAUCACAAAGCAAAUGAACAGGUGAGUCUGUUCUUACAGUCAUACACUCUCCUCUUUCAUGCCUUUUGGUAUUAACAUUAAAUAUUAACCUCCUUGUUAACAGAUGGCAAGCCAGGACUGUGAUGAUAUCAUAGGACAAUUUUAACUGAAUGUGUUAGUGUUACGUUAAACAUCAUAACUCUAGCCCGCUCUAGUGGUUCUGAUGGCUGGAAUUCCUUGGCCCAAUCCUCCGUUAAUGGGGCAAACAGUUUUUAGCAGCAAUUUGCUCUCUUAACCCCACUGGGUUCUGUAGCUUCUGUCCAGCAUCCUAUCCUAUCCUAUCCUAUGUCCUUCAGGCUGCUGCAGAAACAGAUACAACAUUCUCAGCCAAUGAAUGGCUCACUGUACAUGAACAUUUGCCCAGUUGGUAAUAGCCAGCUUAGAACUCUUGUUCCGGGCUAGCUAAUAAUGCUGCCAGAAAUGGAGUUACUCAUCCAGCAACAAAACUAAUCUCAUCAUACUGAAACGCUACAAAUAGACUCCAGUUACUAUGACCACUACAAAACACUGCUUGUAGAAAGCCUUUAAAUGCUUAUCCCGUCCGUAUUGUUAAAUAGCGGUGAGGUUAGUGCACCAAGUGCGGUAAUACUAGUAGCAGUGUAAAUCUUUGGGUUGUAGAUAAAAUAACACUUCUCAGAUUGAUGAAAUAUUUAUUUUGGUAGUGAUAUUAAUUGGCCAGAAUGUACCAAAUUUAGCAAAAAACUAAAUGGUUUAAACGUCCUGGUUAAUUAGAUUAAAUAUAAAUGUUUUGUUGGGAAAGCAGAGGAUCAGCAUAUUCUUAAGCCUACCAAAGUGUAUUUGUAUAUUGAUGGCCAGCAUAAUAUUUUUUUUAAAAAUCCACGCUUAUUAGUUUAUUCUAUAGAGCUGCACACGUAGCUCCGGGCCGAGUCAUGGAAAUCCCAACAUUUGCAAUAAACACAGUUUUUAUUGAAUAGUUUAUUGGAACACUCCAGGCCUCCGGUAAUGGUUAUGGUGCCAGGAUAUCCCUGUCAAUAUCCUAUUAUAAGAUGUGAAACCAUUUUAAGUAGGUUUAACUACCUACUUGGGCCCCUCAUCCUUUCUUAAAUCUUAGCCAAUGAGCAUGGUCUGGCUUUUGCUGAUGGUUAAGACCAUGUAUGGCAGAAGCAACCACAGCAGCACUAGGGGGGCCUAGGUCCAUUGUCAAAUCAUGCUUUGACAUCUUACCGUGGGAUAGCGCCAGGGUACUCCUGGCACCCUUACCACUAAAUCCACUAUUCAAGCGUCACCAACUAAAAUCCCAAGCCAUUCAGUGCUGGCACAGAUUACAAAAAUGAGAAUAAACAAAAGUAUUGCUUCUGUUACUCCUCCACCCUCCAUGCUGACUGCCAGGUAUAAAGGGCCGAGCUUAUAGCAGGGCUUAACAUAGAGUCGAUAUGGAAUUGCACAGUUCCAGGAUAGAUGUUAAUCACAAGGUGUGGAUUACUACAUUUAAGUGUAUUUUUCAGACCUGAUGCACAUUUUGAUAAAUAUAGUUAAAUGUAAUAUUAAACAUUCCCUUUAAGGUCACACUGGCAAUCUAAAACAGAAAAUAUAAAAACUCUGAGAAAGGGAAAAAAGUUCAGAGAAAUACAUAUCUGGUGGACAUGCCCACUCAUAGCUCCCUACUGGCAGAUGAUUAAAAAUACACAGACUUACCCCUCCGGCCACUGACAAUGCUCCUUAACCACACGACACUCCCCACGGCAACCUACAAAAAGAGCCUAAUGAUACAUCUACUCACGGCAGCAAAAUCCCUAAUCACGAUACACUGGUAACACACGGUUGCACCUACCUUCCAGCAAUGGGUAACCAGAGUAGAAGAUAUUUACAACAUGGAAAUAAUGACUGCCUCCCUGCAGGGCCGCUCCGACAAAUGUGCUCAGACCUGGUACCCGUGGAGUGAGUUCAGCUCUAGGAGGCUGGGGGUGGACCCGAGGCCUCGUAACAACCCUAACUGACUCACCCCGCUAUCAGUCAUCUUUACUAUCCUACUAGACUACCGAACCCAACCCCUCCACCCUAACACCACAAGUUACCCCUAAGAUACAGACACACAAAACACACCACACUAGAGGGAACAACGCUACCAAGGCACCCAACACAGCCCCAUAUAAAGCUACAAACCCAGGAUUGCACGACCCGCGAUACCCAACCAACCCACGGGACACAUGACCUAGUAUAGACCCCCCACAAACACACACCCACAAGCAGAAGCCCGGCAGGCACGGAGACCUGGGAUUGGAGGUCGAGAGCCGACCAAUCCCAUCAAACUCUAGAAAGAAAUAAGACCAAACACUACAAACUCUAACAACCGACGCUACAAGCAUCCUAAAACUAGUAAAUGUAGGAACACGUUCUCACGUACUUAGACUGUGGUAGCCUACAAAAGUCGAGUAAAGACCACUGGGACAACAAACAACCUAAAAUAUGUUGGUCUUCAACUCGGCAAACAUAUUAGACAGAGCAGCUACACUCAGGUACAUGGCAAUAUCGCUAGCUUAAGAAUAACCAAUAAGUAAUGUGCACUGGCAAAUAGCAACAGUCAGCGAGAAGAAUAAUGUCAUGUAAGCACGAGGGGAAACGGAGAAAGACGGCGCCCAAGUUACAAUCGCCUGUAAACAGCCACCUAAAUGAUAUUACACAACCUGUUCUCAUAUUCAUGUUAUGACAAAGGCCUGUGUGCUUCACAUUGCAUUCUCUUCUGAACAAUGUAUUUAAUGUUGAAACCUUAAUAAAAACAGAUUUACAAAAAAAAAAAAAAGUUCAGAGAAACCUAUAUAUAGCAUGCCCUUCGCUUAGUCCCUGCUCAGGUCUCAAAAAUGUUUUUGCUCACUCACUUUUGACAUUACAAAUAGAACCUAUAUUAUUUGGAUAUCAGACUUAUCCCACCCAGCACUCCCUCUGCUCCCCUUCUCUUAUCUACUGUAUGUGUUGCAGUGCAUUUACCUAGGGUCUUACUAAAUUAAAAUGGUAAUCCAGACAUUGGCCCCAUGCUCACUGUGCCUAGAGGGGUAUCUGCUACACCUCGCUGAGGAGGCCCAAAGAAGGCCGAAACAAUCGUCCGAGGUUGCUGUGUCUGUCAUGCAGAGGGAACUUGCCAAUAUUUCAGAUCUAUACUGUCCCUAUAUGUGGGAUAAGUCUGAUAUGCAAAGGGCAUCGGUUCUCGCUGCAAUGGCACACAUGGGCAAAAGCAUGUUGAGACCUGAGCAGGGACUAGUGGAAGGGCAAGCUAUUGUGGCUUCUUUGCCAUUUAGAGCAUUCUUAUAUUCUGUUUUUGUGUCGAUGCACACUUGCAAUCUAAUAUGUUUAGAUGGAGAUUAUUUGCUCUUCUAAAUGUCUGGUAAAGUAAUAACAUUUUCUCACUUCCUGACUUUUUUGUAAAAGAAAACACAAGGGUAGUUUAAUUUAUUUUUAUUUUCUUCUAUUUCUGCGCAGAUUCAAGUUGGCGUUGAAUUUGAAGCCAAUACAAGACUCCAGGAGACGUCCUUUGCAUUUGGUUACCAUUUGAACAUCCCCAAAGCAAAUAUGGUCUUCAAAGGGUCAGUGGACAGUUCCUGGUGUGUAGGGGGAGUCCUAGAAAAGAAACUACCUCCUCUGCCUGUUACUCUGGCUCUUGGGGCUUUCAUGAAUCAUUGGAAGAAUAAGUUUCAUUGCGGUUUCAAUAUCUCGGUAGGGUGAGUUGGUUCAGGGCAGGUUGGGGUUGUAAGCUACAAGAAAAUGACAUCUGUAUGCCACAACAGACUCAGUUCUUUUGGUCUCCUUCCCAGCCACACUUAUCCACCCGUCUUCCCAAACACCCACCUCCAGAGGUAUGAACAAGAGGGGCAGAUACGUGAGGAUUUGUUGUUCCUAAUCUAGAACCUGGUUUGUGUUACGCGUUGCGUUUCUUGUUGAUAUAUUGAAUUAUGGACUACUGCUUUUCUAGGUAAAAGAGGUGACCACUUCUUAAAGGCAGAAGACGACCUUGAAAUCACUCUGCUGCAGUCUUUUAUCAGUAUAUUCAACAAGGAACUCGUAUUAAAAAUGAGUGUGUUCUUGAGCGAUGUUGUCCAAGAAGGUUUGGUAUUGGAAUAUUUUGGGAUAUAUUGUUCCUUCAGUUCAAUGCACUGCUAAAUACCGUAAGGUCUAACGUUCUACCUGUCUCAGGGCACCGCUGCCAGUUUCAGUACCUCCUCUCACAUAAUGGAAAUUUGGGCUAGUUUACUCGGAAAGCCUUUUUGUGUACAUAGUUUAGAUGGAGUCUUUACUCCAAUUUUUUUUUUUUUAUGUUAGUGAAUUAAUAUCCGUAGUGUCAGAUAUUGGGGGAAACUUUGCAUCUGAUACAAAGAGUAGCCUUGUUGCUUCUCUAGUCAUGCAGCUAUCUCCCCAACCACCCUUGUGAACUAGGCCCUAGUUGUGGAUUCAUAUUUAACCCCCAUCUCUUGCAGGGACCAGAAAAUCUCUGCUUCAAAGCUGAAUGUUUACAAUUCUUGUUUCAGUUAGUAAUUAAAGGACCACCAGGCUGAGUACUAACCUCACCCAAUUACUUCUUCAUUCCAGAAAUAGACUUCUUAAAUUUUAUGUUCAAUUUACCGUUGCAGAUGUUCUAUUCUUUUUCCCCCACUUGGGGGUGCUGUUAGUGUUUAUAAAAUUAUUUAAAAUAUUCCCUUUAUUUAAAGUCUUCUGUCUUCUGUCGUUAUUUAAUCUGAGUCAGCAUGGUUUCCUUUUAUCUGUGAAAAGAUAUAUCUAUUUUAAAAUUAUUUUGUUUUGUGGUAUUGGUAACUUGUUUCACUGGACAAUAAAAUGGAGUCUUUCUAUCACCUGCAAAUUGAGUGACUCCCACUCUUUCAGUGAGAAAUUAUAAAUUCUGUGUUCCCCUUGAAAUAUUUUGUUCUGUCAAAAAUAAUGAUCCAUGUAAAAAAAAAAAAAUCAUUAAGACCCUUAUUUACCGCUAGAAGAGCCAAUUUUAUCAUAUUGUCCCAUCACUAAACUAAUAAGAUUUUUGCGUUGAAUCUUUGCACUACAUUUUGUUUUUUGGG